CGCUAACUUUGACAGUUACCCAAUGCCGCAAAGUUCCCGUUUUUUUGUUGCUUCGCAAAUUAAAUAAGUCCGUAAAUCUCGUCAAUUUGUGAUAACAGUGAUCUGAUUUAGCAAACGGAAGAUGGUGGCACGUGUUGCUGGCGUUUUCGAUGAAAAGUUAACGGAGGCAAUCGCAAAUUCCAAGAUAUUAGUCGUCGGAGCCGGCGGUAUAGGUUGUGAAAUUCUUAAAAAUCUCGUUCUUACCGGCUUUCCGUACAUAGAAAUUAUCGACCUUGAUACAAUCGACGUAAGCAAUCUUAACAGGCAGUUUCUAUUUCACAAGGAGCACGUUGGAAAGUCGAAGGCCCAGGUCGCGAAGGAUAGCGCACUCAGCUUCAACCCUAACGUUACUAUUAUCGCACAUCAUGACAGUGUUAUUAGUAAUGAUUAUGGAGUCAGUUACUUCAAGCAAUUCAAUAUUGUAAUGAAUGCCUUGGACAAUCGAGUGGCGCGUAACCAUGUGAACAGAAUGUGCCUGGCUGCCAGUAUACCAUUGAUUGAGACUGGAACUGCCGGCUAUGCUGGACAGGUGGAACUCAUCAAAAAAGGUUUAACACAGUGCUAUGAAUGUCAACCCAAAGCACCACAGAAAUCCUUUCCAGGCUGUACUAUAAGGAAUACACCAUCUGAACCAAUCCAUUGCAUUGUAUGGGCAAAACAUUUGUUCAACCAACUGUUUGGUGAGGAAGACCCCGACCAGGACGUAAGCCCUGACACUGCAGACCCUGAGGCUGCUGGUGAAGCAGGGGCCUCUGCUUUGAACACUGAGGGUACUGCAGCUGGUAAUGUGGAAAGGAAAAGCACUAGAGCAUGGGCGUCUGAUACAAACUAUGACCCGGAGAAAUUGUUUUCAAAGUUAUUUGGUGAUGACAUCCGUUAUUUACUGUCAAUGGAGAAUUUGUGGAAGAAGCGACGUCCUCCAACUCCAUUGUCGUGGGACAACUUGCCGGGGAAAGACAGCCCAACUGCUCAACAUUCAGGACUGCCAGACCAGAGGGUCUGGUCUGUGCAUGAAUGUGCUCAGGUAUUUGCAGACAGUUGCAAGGCCCUUCAAGCAGACUUGAAGAACCGUCCAGAAGGCGAUCACCUAGUGUGGGACAAAGAUGAGAAGAGUGCAAUGGACUUUGUGACAGCAUGCGCCAACAUCAGAGCACACAUCUUCAACAUUCCAUUGAACUCUCGCUUUGAAAUAAAAUCAAUGGCAGGCAACAUAAUCCCAGCCAUAGCGACCGCCAACGCGAUAGUGGCGGGUCUAGCAGUAAUGCGCGCGCAGAGCUUACUCAAAGGGGAGAUUGAGACCUGCACCAGCGUGUACCUGCGCCCUAAGGUCAACCAUCGCGGUCAACUGUUCGUACCGGAGAAAACUCUGACUGCACCAAAUCCUAAAUGUUACGUAUGUGCACCAAAACCUGAAGUGGCACUCGCUUGUAAUCUCAAACAACUGACCCUCAAAGAUCUGAACACAGCAUUCAAAGAGGGCCUUAACAUGCAGGCUCCAGACGCAACUGUUGAGGGCAAAGGCCUGGUCGUAUUAUCAUCAGAACCUGGAGAAACCGACCAUAACAAUGAGAAAACUCUUGAAGAAAUCGGUUUAAAUGAUGGGUGUGCUUUAUUAGUGGAUGACUUCCUACAGAACUAUGAAGUCCGUGUUAGAUUACAGCAAGAGGAUGAGGAGAAAUCAUGGCGUUUGGUAACCGACACCGAUACUCCGAUGCCUGGACCGAAAGAGGAGGCAACUGCGAAUGGAUCAAAUGGUUCAGAUGAACCCAAACCUGGUCCAUCACGUCCUAAAGACGACAGUGACAGUGACAUGGAGAUAAUUGAGGAAGAUGACAAUGGUGAACCAGCACCCAAACCACCUAAACGCAGGAAGGUUGAUAUGAGUGAUGAAAUAGUUGAGUUGUGCUAGUGAAUUAUUAUCGAAUGAUCAUUUGCAUUGUCACAAACAGUGUAAUGAAUUGAAUGAAUAUUUUAAUUAAUUCUUUGUUGAUCGCACAUUACAUUAAUAUUCUUGCAGUAGCAGUUUUUUUAGAAUUAUUUGUCCAACUUUGUCUAUUUGUGUCUUAAGAUUCACUGCCUUCUUUGAGUCCAGGGUCAGCUUUUAUAAAUGUUUUUCUUGUGUCUUGUGCCUCCAUGAGCAUAAUGCUAUUGAUUUUGUCAAAAUAUUUUUCUGUACUUUCCUCUGGUGUGGUACGAGGUCCAUCGACCUCGUAACUCUUGAACACGCUAUACGUACAAGGUCAAUUGACCUCGAACCGCAGCGAACGUGUUAAAAUAUCACGUUCUCAAACUGAAGGAAAAACAUCGUGAGGAAACCUGCAAAAUUUCAAAUUGAGUUUGCCAAUGUGCUUUGGGCCAGCUUGGUGGAUCAUUGGCCAAAUUGGCCAGUGUUCAAAAUUGGUAGCUAAUGACCAUGGCCAGUGCUCAAAAUUGGUUGCUAAUGACCAUGGCCAGUGCUCAAAAUUGGUUGCUGAUGAUGAGAUAUGUAUUUUUCAAAAAUAUGGUCUCUAUUAUUAGUCUACUAUUUAACUGACUUCAAAUAAGAGGAGGUUCUCAAUUUGCUCGGUAUUUUAUUAUAACUAGCCCACAUUGAACAUUGUAGAAUCAUUUGGAAUAUGUAUUGCUACUGCUAGUCACCACUUGUUAUGUAAUGUGUGAUCAGGUUUGUGUAAUGUAUAUCAAACCUUACAACUAUCAACCCAACAUUAUGUUGAUUGUGGAAAUUAGUAUCUGGCAAUAAGUAUAAUAAUUCAUGUAUUUUGAAGUAUCUACAAAUAAUUGAUAAGAAACAAAGAUUUUUAAAGUGAUUAGUAGUUCCUUAGAUCAACAUAUACAUACUUUUUCCGUUUACUCAUCAUCAUCUCCUUACCCUUAUCCCACUUAAGUGGGGUCGGAAAAAUAUGUCAAUCUUUUCCAUUCGUUUCUAUUACUCGUCAACUCAUCAUCCACUCCUUUUACACACAUGUCCUCUUUCACACAAUCCAACCAUCUCUUCUUUGGCCUUCCUCUCCUCUUAUGACCUUCCACUUUGAUAAAUAACUAUGCGUUAUUAUAACAAUUCCAAGCCAAAAUAGACUAUUUUUGCUGUCUAAUUUGACUAAUUGAUUAGACUCAUCCAUAUGAGCAAUGGAAUGUAGUGCAACUAUACUAUGCGCUGUAGCAUGGUCUGGGUGACAGUACAUAAUACGUACUACUAUCGUAAAUCACGGCAAAUUUUCACGAGUGAAACAAACUGUCACCCGCACCAUGCUACAGCACACGAGCUAUAAUGUCUUAGCUUAAUAAUUUAGUUGUGUUAUGUCUUUGUAUUAUUCUUUCAUUUUAUUUUUUAUUUUUAAUAUAAUUCUCAUAUUGUAAGAAAUUAAAAAAAAAUAAUAUCCUCUUAUACAAUAGAAAUCUAUGGUCUAAAGUGGUUUUGAGAUAGCAUGGGUACGGUGACAGUUCGUUUCACUCUGGAAAGUUUGCUGAGAUUCACGAAAAAGGUAUGUAUUAUGAACGUUAUAAGGCAUUAAAUCAUUAGUUAUGAGGCAACUCACCAUACCCAUGCUAUCUGAAAAACACUUUCAUUUGAACAUACUUUUAAAAUAUAAUGGACAGUAAUAAUAUAUGCCUUAUAGUUAUAAUGUACUUUAUUUACUUUUGGUGUUGUAUAAUAGCAUUUUUUUAAUAGUACAAACUAUAAAUUUCAAAAUCUAUAACUUCAUAUUUUUAAAAACGCUGUUAGUUUUUAUAUACAGGCAAAUCCUUGAAUACCUAUUUAUUGAAAAGGCAUAUCAGAGCCCGUAUGGUAUGGUAAUAUAAUUGUAUCUCGUGAAACUAUAGCUUGGCAACUUCGUUCGUAACACUCCCGAUGUUGCGCGCGGGCCGGGGGCGUGUAGCAAUGAAUGAAAAUGAAAAACCCCCACGCACGCACGAUUUCACACCCGCGGUCAUUUCCCCUGUCGCCCGCAUAUCAUGGAACUUGUCAUAUAAGUUUUCUAAUACAGCCAGACUAAUGAAUACCUAUUCAUUCAAAAGGAUUAUUGAAGAAAACAGUAUUGUAAUAUGGCGUGGCUAAAUCUCACACAGAUUAUACAUAGCAGAUUAGUUGCACCAUAAGAGCUAGUAGAGUGUGGGGAGUUAGAUAAUCAGAUUGUCUAAGGGCAUUUCUGUGAGUAUCAGACCUUUGGUUAGGGGAUUGUUGGGCCUGUUGAGCUAGAUAUUCUUCAAUAAAAAUACAUGAAUUUGAACAGAUGUUAACUUCAGUAUUUUAAAAAUAAAAUAAUGAAAGUGAUUCAAUAAGAAUUUUGUAAUUAAAUAAUAAUUUGUAAGUUUUUAAUAAAUGAUUACUUCCUGAAAUAUAAAUAUUUAAUAUGAA